GAAUUCUCGACUGCGUUUAAACAAAAUACAAGAGGAUAAACUCUUCAGUUUGAUAAAGAUGGCUUCAUAUAUGGAUGACGAUGACGCCCCCCCCGAGUUGAUCGAUGUAUCUAUGCUUCCUGACUCGGAGAAGCAGAGCUCUACUACUCCAGCCACAACUAUAGAUGUCCCAGAGCAGAAUCGCGUGCCUAUAACACUGGUGACUGGAUAUCUGGGUGCGGGCAAGACCACUCUGCUGAACUAUAUCCUCACUGAAAAGCAUGGCAAGAAGAUCGCCGUGAUUAUGAACGAAUUUGGAGACUCAACGGACAUUGAAAAACCCUUAACAGUUAACCAAGGAGGCCAAGAAGUCACCGAAUGGAUGGAAGUCGGCAAUGGCUGUAUCUGCUGUUCUGUCAAAGACUCCGGCGUCAUGGCCAUCGAAUCUCUGAUGGAACGCCGCGGCACAUUCGACUACAUCCUCCUCGAAACCACCGGCCUCGCAGACCCAGGCAACAUCGCCCCCAUCUUCUGGGUAGACGAUAACCUAGGCAGCUCCAUCUACCUCGACGGCAUCGUCACCCUAGUCGACGCAAAGAACAUCCUCCGCCUCCUCGACGAGCCAGCACCCGAGGAAAAGGUCAACGCUCAUGAAAAUGAGGACGCACACGAUCACGCCCACUCCGGACCCGUGCUCUCCAUGGCGCAUAUGCAGAUAUCGCACGCGGACGUGAUCAUCCUGAACAAGGCGGACCUCGUGACGGCGGAUGAACUCGAGCACGUCAGAGAUCGGAUCUGUGCGAUCAACAAUGCGGCGAAAAUCCACGUUACGGAUCAUAGUAAGACGUCUCAGAUUGAGGGCGUCGUGCUGGAUCUGCAUGCGUAUGACCAUCUGGCUAGUAUGGAUUUUGGUGAAAAGGGUCAUAGUCAUAUUGACCCUGCAAUCUCAACCAUAGCAAUAACCCUCCCCCCAAUCUCACCCUCAAAAGUCUCCAGCGUCGACGCCUGGCUCCGCUCUGUCCUCUGGGACUCGGAAGUCCCAUCAAUCACCUCCCCAACGAGCCCCCAGCCAAAGGAUUUCGAAAUCCACCGUCUAAAGGGUAUCCUAGUCCUAGAAGAUGGGUCGUCAAAGAUCAUCCAAGCCGUUCGGGAUGUAUUUGAAAUUCGGGACUCGGAAUCUCCAGCUGAUCCUAAAUCGCAAUGUAAGAUUGUGUUGAUUGGAAGGGGACUGGGUGGUGAUGUCGAGCCGUGGAAGGAGAAUUUUGAAAAAUUCUUGACUCAGGAUGAUUAAGCGCUGGGUCAAAAUGGAGAGAUGACUUUAAUUGUGACCCUUCUUACGCUCACGAUUGAAACGCGAUGAAGAUUGAAUGUGUAGAAUGCAUGAUAUGGAUGUCUUGGUUUGAUAUAAAAAGCAGUAGCAGUAAACAUAUAAAAUAAAAUGCAAUGAUAUAAAUUAAUACAGCCCUCAGGAAAAGAAUAUUAUCAACACCAAUCAAUAUACAUUUGGAAGAUCACGAGGGGGAGAAAAAAAACGAAAAUCAGGAAGAGGACAUUCCUCCAUUGGUAUGUCAUCAAAAAGUCGUUAAAGAGUGCCAAAAAAAAAAUCAGUAAAUCAAUCAAUCAGUAAACCAAGGACACGCAGCUGAUUAACAGCAAACGUAAUGGGGCCUUUCUUUCAAGUCCUUGGGGGAAGGGAAACAACAACACUGCCAAAUUCAGAGGAAGAGGAUAACGCAAAAGAGAGCAACAAAAAUCAGAA